GCCAUUUUUACGCAAGAGCUGUGAGACCAACACACAGGAGGGGACUUUAUUCGGGAAAAUUUGCUGGGUAGCAACAUCGUAGGGGAGAUGGCUGAUGUUGAAGAAAUGGAUCAACAAGCCGAAGACCGUCUUCUCGGAGACAACGGCGUAAAAGAUGAACCAAUGGAAACCCAAGAAGGCCUAGACGAGGAAGAAAUCAAUGGACGGAGUGAAGAUUUCCACAAGUUGAUAGAACUUGGAAUUGAAUCCAAAGUAGCUGUUGAAGUAGAUAAAAUAUACCAGAGUGGUAAACUGGAGCAUGCUGACUUGGAUGAAAGGGCACUGGAUGCCUUAAAAGAAUUCUCAGUUGAUGAUGCCAUAGCAGUGCUAAAAGAGUUCAAUGAAAGCAGUUUGGAACAUGUCACAAACAAAAGUGCAUUUUUGUGUAGUGUCAUGAAAACAUACAGACAAAGAAACAAAUCUCAAGGGUCUGCCUCAAAAGUUAACAAGGGCCCGGAUGAGGCUAAAUUAAAGGAAAUACUAGACCGCACCGGCUAUUCUCUAGAUGUGACAACUGGUCAGCGGAAGUAUGGUGGUCCUCCACCAAAUUGGGAUCAUCCUCAACCUGGUGCUGGACACGAGGUAUUCUGUGGAAAAAUCCCCAGAGAUAUAUAUGAAGAUGAAUUGAUUCCAUUGUUCGAGAAAUGUGGAAACAUUUGGGAUUUGAGAUUGAUGAUGGACCCGGUGAAUAACUGCAACAGAGGCUAUUGUUUUGUCACAUUUUGUGAUCGUGAAAGUGCUAAAGAUUGUGUUAAACAGCUCGAUAAUUAUGAAAUCAGAAAGGGGAAGUACCUUAAAGUCAACGUUUCUGUGGCUAAUUUGAGGUUGUUUGUUGGAAACAUUCCCAAAAGCAAAACCAAAGAAGAAAUCCAGGAAGAAUUUUCAAAAAAGACAGAGGGAUUGCUGGAUGUGAUCAUAUACAGCUGUGCUGAUGAACCGAGGAAAAAGAACCGAGGCUUUGCCUUCCUUGAAUACGACACCCACAAAAAUGCUUCAACUGCCAAAAGGAAACUUGGUAAUGGCAGGACAAAAGUUUGGGGCUGUGACAUCCUGGUGGACUGGGCUGAUCCCUUAGAAGAGCCAGACUCUGACACAAUGCAGAAGGUAAAAGUUCUGUAUGUACGCAACCUUACCUCAGAGGUGACAGAAGAAAUGCUUGAAGAGAAGUUUGGAGCCCACGGAAAGGUGGAAAGGGUGAAGAAAAUCAAGGAUUAUGGUUUUAUUCACUUUGAGGAACGAGAUUGCGCUGUCAAGGCUAUGGAAGCUUUGAAUGGCCAGAAAUUUGGCAAGAAUGAAAUAGAGGUGUCCCUGGCAAAACCACCAACAGAUAACAAGAAGAAAGAGCAGCGAAAGCGGGAUCAAGAGAGACGUCAGAUGGGCCAGAUGUUCCAGAUGCGAGGAGGGUACGAUGAUUUCUGGGGUCCCCCAGGCAGAAUGAUGCACCCACCUGGUCGAGGGAUGAGAGGCCGCCCUAUGGGCCCACCCAGAGGCGGUGGUUAUGAUCCUUUCUUCGAUGAUUACUAUGGGUAUGAAGACUUUGAUUACUACGGCGGUUAUGCGCCAUUAGGCCCACGUGGGCGUGGCGGGAGAGGCGGACCACCCAUGCCCCCACCUAUGCGAGGAAGAGGUGGAAUUAGGGGACGUGGAGCGCCAGCCCAAGGAGCACGUGGCCGUGGAGGUCGAGGUGGACGCGGGGGAGGAUUAGGGGCUCGAGGAAGGGGCGCCACUCAACCCAGGGGGGGUGCCCUCAACAGGGGAGGCAAACGCAAGGCAGGGGGAGACUACAGCUUUGGCCAGGCUAAGCGACGAAACAUGCAGGACAACUGGGGUGCACAGCCCAUUGCACAGCAACCGUUGGAUCAGCUGGGAUAUGGUGGAGGCUAUAGUGGGAACGAUUCUCAGUGGUACCAGGAUUCCUAUGGCCAAAACUGGGGUUAAGUGGUUAUCUCCCCCACCAGCAAAGAAUAGCACCAGUUGCUAACCCAGAUAAUCUCUACCUGAUGUGUGGGGAUCUCCAGCUUCCCUUACCGUGUUAGGCAUAGUGUUCUAACACCACUCCCACUGUCUCAUCCCCACUUGUACAUAGUCAUAUGUACGUGGUUCUUAAUAUCUGCUUUAGACAAGGAUCUGAUCUAUUUUGUGUUAAAGUAUUCAAAAAGUUUUUAACAACGAUGGAUUUGGAUCUACUGCAAGUCUCAACCCUGGAUUUAUGUGGAAAAAAUCUAAUCACAAUUGCAGUUUUUUUUUUUUUUGAGAAAAAACUCAUUUGGUGUGGAUUUGAAGUGUGGAGUAUUGAUUUACUGGACUAACAAAACAGCAAAAACUGUUAAAAAACAUAAAAAAGACCCCCAAAAAAAUAUAAAACAAGGGAAAGUAACAAAAAAUGAAAUAAAAAGGAUUCAAAAACUGCAAAAGAAUGCUACCUGAAACCCUACGAACAUGACAGUUUUCAUUGGCGACUCCAUAGUGGAGUUCGCGUGGUGAAACCUUAAACUAGUAGCAGUUGGAAACGUUACCAAUUUGUGUUGUGCUGUCAGUAAAUCAUACUUCAAAUACUGUAAAAAAGACGUCCUCAUUUGUGCUGGGAAAUUUCACCUUUAUCGUAAGAAUAAGAAUCAUGUUAUUCAUUUGUAAUGUCUUAAUUCGGUCCAUUGUAAACCAAAACGAGUCACGUGUCCUGAAAUCAGAUUCAUUAUUAGUUGGCAUUUUUGUGGUUGGCGUCAGAGAAUUUGGUAGCUUUUUUGUAACAUUAUCAUGCUGAAAUAAAAUUCCUGGUUUUAUCUCAUGAAAA